CAAUAAUCUCACUCCAGCAAUGCCAUCUCUCUAUUUAUACGACAAGUAAUACUAUAACUGUUAUAUUCCCCUGGCUACUGCUCUCUCCUCUCCUCCACUUGACCCUCGUCCAUCCUCAAACCCCCGCCGCGGUCAUGAAAGCCAUCAUCGCCAUCCCAGUGACAAUCCUCCUCGUCAUCCGUGCCUACACUCGCAACUCCCUUACUCCCGCCGGUAUUCUCGCGGCCAUCUUCACCGCUACCGUACACGCUUUGCAUCCCUCAGCCAUCCCCUUCACCCUCCUUAUCGUCUUCUUUCUGCUUGGAACAACCGCAACAAAAGUCAAACAUGAAGUCAAGGCAACGCUCACCUUGUCCAAUGAUGGGAGUUCUGGAGGAGAGGGACCUCGUACCAGUGUCCAGGUCCUGGCCAACAGCGGUGCUGCUUCCAUCUUGAUCCUCACGCAUUUAUGGAUUUAUGGAAGUCAAGGUGAAUAUUCAUGUUUUGGCCAUGGAAACAAAAAUACCGCAGAUCUCCUGCUCUUUGGCAUCAUUGCCAACUAUGCUGCUGUUGCUGCCGACACAUUGUCGAGUGAGCUGGGUAUUCUGUCCAAGAGCAAGCCUGUCUUGAUCACCUCUCUGCGUACUGUUCCACCGGGAACCAAUGGUGGAGUUUCCGCUGCUGGUCUGGUUGCCGGAAUAGGUGGAAGUGCUGCCAUUGCUACCACAGCAGUGCUCUUGCUGCGGCUGUGUCACGACGAGGUACAGAACAGAUUCACUAUCUUUGCCUCGACUACCUUGCUAGGCACUGCAGGAACUCUCCUUGACUCACUCCUUGGUGCGGUUCUACAAGCAUCCGUGAUUGACCGACGAUCAGGAAAGAUCGUUGAAGGUCAUGGCGGUGUCAAGGUGCUGGUCAAGCCCAAAACUCCUGCCAGUCCUUCUGCAAAGACAAUCAAUCAUGUCGAGAGUCGCAUCAUCAAUUCAGGCUUUGACGUUCUGGACAAUAACCAGAUCAAUUUCUUGAUGGCUAGCAUCUUGAGCAUUGCAGGCAUACUCGUUGGCACGCUAAUCGUAUAAUCCUCUAUAUCGCAAUCAAGAUUAAGUUUCAAAUUC